AGCUCUUCCUUUUAUGGCUUUAUGAAUCUGUUUUAUUAUUCAUGAUUUAAAGUUGCUGCAUCAUUCAAGUAAUGGCACUUUAUUUCUACUUCUUGCUGACCUUACUUGCUAUUGCUAGUGCUUUUAGUACAAAGCCAAACUUUGUGUUUGUAUUGGUUGAUGACUGGGGCUAUGCUGAUGUCAGCUUCCGAAAUCCAGCAAUUCACUCUCCUAAUUUUGAGAAAUUAGCAAAGGAAGGUCUUAUAUUGGAUCGACAUUAUGUGUUUAAAUAUUGUUCACCAUCACGUGCUUCUUUUCUAACUGGUCGUUGGCCUCAUCAUGCUCAUCAAUGGAAUCCACCAGAGGAUGCACUAGUUGGUGCUAACCUAAAAAUGACAAUGAUACCUGCCAAACUAAAGUUAGCUAGAUACAAGACACAUAUGAUUGGAAAAUGGCAUGAAGGUUUGUACAAAGAGGCUUACCUACCAAUCAACAGAGGCUUUGAUACCAUGUCAGGCUUUCUUGGUGGUGGAGAAAAUCAUAUGAACCAACAGGUUGGGUGUGCAACCGAUUUUUGGAAAAACGAUGGUCCCGAUUCAAGAAAUGGAUCUUAUGAUGCUUAUACCUAUAGAGAUGAUUUGACUGACAUUAUAACAAAUCACAACCCAUCAGACCCUUUCUUUCUAUACUUGCCACUACACAAUGUACAUACUCCUCUUCAAGCUCCUGAUGAAUGGCUGAAUAUAUAUCCAGCCAAUUCUACAUGUCAAAAUCGUCGUAUUUAUCAGGCAAUGGUUAGCGUAGCUGACAAUGUCACAGGCCAUUUAGUGAAAUUGCUUCAAGACAAUGGUAUGUGGGACAAUACAUUGCUUGUCAUCUCAGCUGACAAUGGUGGUGCCCCUUGUGGGGGCAGUAAUUAUCCACUAAAGGGAUCAAAAGGAACAUUUUAUGAAGGUGGUGUUCGAUCAUUAGCUUUUGUUAAUGGUGGACUAUUACCAACUAAUAGAAAAGGGAAAUCUACACAAGGGUUUAUUCAUAUUGCUGACUGGUACACUACUUUUUGUCAGUUAGCUGGUAUUGAUCAUGAUGAUUCUGGCUCUGGGAAGUUUCCAGUUGAUGGUAUGAAUGUUUGGCCAAUUAUAAAUGGAGAAAAUGAGAAAACACUUCAUGAGCAGAUACCACUUGGAUAUGACUUCGACUAUGGAAACUUGCGUCCUAAUCAAGGAGCACUUAUUGUUGGUAACAAUAAGCUAAUAGUAGGGCCUCAAGAUACGAAGUCAUGUGAUAGCAUAAUGUACAGUCCCUUAGACUACCCAUGUACUGAUGGCCCUAAAGGAGAUGAUUGUGACCCAUACUGCCUUUACGACAUUGUACAAGAUCCAAAUGAAAGACAUAAUCUUGCUAAAGAACAACCAGAUGUGCUCAAAGAUUUACUCGCACGUUAUAAUAAAUAUAGUGAGGAGCCAAGAGACCUACAAGAUCAAGGGUAUCAUUCUAUUGAAGCACUCCCCACCGACUCAGACGCUUGUCGUUACAUGAGGGAAAAUGGAGGUUAUUGGCGUCCGUGGAAAUAAAUGCUGCUGCUACAAAACUGAAUUGUUGUAGUCUUGUCAUAGGAAAGGGUGUGACAAUACUAGUGUUGUUGCUACUUUAAAAAGUGCUAUUAGUGCUAUCUGGCUAUUUGCUAUAACAUGUAUUAUUUUAAAAAAAGUUUAUUAUCUAUAUAUUA